CCCACGAGGCGCGCGAGGUGGAUGGCACCGGGGAAGGGGGGCAGGCAUCUCUCCCCCAUGGCAGGCGGGACUGGGGGAAGCGGGACGGUGCAGCCGCCGCCCCCGGGGCUGUGAAUGAAGAAGCCCUUCGGCCGCCGGCGCUGCUGACUUCUGCCGGAGGGGAAAGCCCAACUGCCGCGCGGCGGGGGAGCCCUUCGGCCGCCCCCAUGGACGCGCUGGGCCACAUGGAGAUCCCCGAGGGCUCCCUCUGCUCCCUCUCGGCCGCCGACGACUUCUACGACGACCCCUGCUUCAACACCAGCGACAUGCACUUCUUCGAGGACCUGGACCCGCGGCUGGUGCACGUGGGGGGCCUGCUGAAGGCCGGCGACGAGCACGGCCACCACCACCACCACGAGGACGAGCACGUCCGGGCGCCCAGCGGGCACCACCAGGCCGGCCGCUGCCUCCUCUGGGCCUGCAAGGCCUGCAAGCGGAAGACCACCAACGCCGACCGCCGCAAGGCCGCCACCAUGCGGGAGCGGCGGCGGCUGAGCAAGGUCAACGAGGCCUUCGAGACGCUCAAGCGCUGCACCUCCGCCAACCCCAACCAGCGCCUGCCCAAGGUGGAGAUCCUGCGCAACGCCAUCCGCUACAUCGAGAGCCUCCAGGCCCUGCUGCGGGAGCAAGAGGACGGCUACUACCCCGCGCUGGAGCACUACAGCGGCGACUCCGACGCCUCCAGCCCCCGCUCCAAUUGCUCCGACGGCAUGCUGGAUUACAGUGGACCUCCUUGCAGCUCUCGCAGAAGGAAUAGCUAUGAUAGCAGUUACUAUACAGAAACACUAAGUGAUGCAAAGCAAGGGAAGAGUUCGGUUGUUUCCAGCCUAGAUUGCUUAUCAAGCAUUGUGGAGAGGAUUUCUACGGACACCUGUCCCACCCUACCCCCAGUUGAAAGUGGAACCGAGGGGAGCCUUUGUUCACUCCAAGAAGGGGCCAGCCUGAGCAACACUGGAGCCCAAAUCCCUUCCCCGACUACCUGUCCUCAGCUCUCUCAGGACACUACCAGCAACAGUGCCAACAAUCCAAUUUACCAAGUGCUAUAAAGCCGCAGUAGACAACUAUUGUGACGUUGGCUCAGAGGCAGCCACCAAAUCAACUGAAACCUGCCUUUGAAGGACUGGGGAAGAAAAAGACAAUGCCGUGUUCUUUUAACCACUUUUAAAAAUGUAUCUAAUAAUUCCUAAUUUCAAGCUUGUAUUACUUUUAAAUACACUUAUUUAUUGGUUAUAAACGAAAGCUAUUUAAUUUGUAUAGAAGGCAACAGUACAUGUACCAUGAAAUGGCCAAUGUUUAAUCUGUGCUUUGAAAAAAAAAAGGGGGGGAACCUUAUUCUUGAGGGUCAACCUGAGAUCCUUUGGAAAUAAAGUUAAAUACAGUCCCGCACACACUUUAGCCGUUUCAAUUCUAU